GAGCAGUUCUUUCCUUCUUUUCCUUCAUUCCUGGAGGAAAACAGUGGACACGGCAGGAGGGACGCAACAACAGGAGGAUCGUUGUUCUUUACUUUUCUUCUUUUCUCCCUCAGGAGAGCAGUGCCUUGGGCACGGACGAACAGGUGAGUAGGAGGGACGAGAGGACAGACGGAAGCCUGGGGGCUUCCUAUUUUUUUCUUCUUAUGUUCUUGUGGCCAAGAACCAAGCCUACUGAUGCACUGCGUGCAUCGGCGACACGAACGACAGUGAGACGAGAUGGCCACGACGGGUACGGAGGGGCAGCAGGCCACGGGGGUGGCGCGCCUGGUGAGGCUUCGACCUCUUCUUCCUCUUCACAUGAGGAGGGUUGUACGUCCGGGGACUGUGCGACCGAGCGGGAGUGUACUGCAGAGCAAGAUUAUGGCUAUUUUCGACAAACAUCGAGCGGAGCUCUCUACGGAGUGGGCAGCGAUGGGCACAGAGAUGUCAGAAGCCCUGGAGGCUUGGUGCCGGGAUUGUUGUGUGGCAGUUACUGUCGAGGAGAUCCGAGCCGAGGAGAUGGCAGGCGAUGGGAGCCUGACCCCGGUGCAGGUGUUCCACUGGGGAGUGCAGUGUUCCGGGCCGGUAAACGAGGAGCUGCGGAGUGCAUGCUGGAGGCGUAUCAGGGAUGCGACGAGGAGUGUGGAUGAGUACAUGAUGAGUCUUGGUAGCCAUUGCUCGGCGAGCAGGAAUCUCGGAUGGUGUUCCUGUCCGAAGCUGAAGUUAUUCCAGUGGCGAGGGACGGCCAAGGACCUGGGUGUCUUUCAGCUGGCAUACGUGCUGAUGCAGCUUACCAAGCUGGGUAGUCUCUAUGGGGGAGACUGUAGUAUGGUAUCCAACACAGUGGAACGUGCCUUCCUUGUAGACCAGGCUGCGGGGUAGCAGGCAGUGGGUGCGCCUGGCGACGCGAGGUGCUACGGGAGAGAGCUGAUCUCUCUUCUUUCUUUCCCUGGUGGUGCACGAACCACCACAGAACAUCGCGAGAUGACUCCAACACUAGUGCAGUGGGGCCUCACUUCCCCCACCCAGCAGGUGCGAAGAUGCACCGACUACAGACAGAGACAGAACCAUG